AUGCACCUGCACCAAAAGGUGCACCUCAACCAGUCACUGCACCUGAACCAACAGCUGCACCUGAACCAGUACCUGAACCACCCACAACAUCUGAACCAACAGUUACACCUGAACCAGUAUCUGAACCGUCCACUGCACCUGAACCAACAGCUGCACCCGAACCAGUACCUGAACCAACAGCUGCACCUGAACCAGUACCUGAACCAUCCACUGCACCAGAACCAGUACCUGAACCACCCACAACACCUGAACCAGCAGCUGCACCUGAACCAGCAGCUGCACCUGAACCAGUACCUGAACCACCCACAACACCUGAACCAGCAGCUGCACCUGAACCAACAGUUACACCUGAACCAGUACCUGAACCAUCCACUGCACCUGAACCAACAGCUGUACCUAAACCAGUACCUGAACCAACAGCUGUACCUGAACCAGUACCGGAACCAACAGCUAUACUUGAACCAGUAUCUGAACUAUCCACUGCACCUGAACCAGUCACUGAACCAACAGCUGCACCUGAACCAUUACCUGAACCAACAGUUGCACCUGAACCAUUACCUGAACCAACAGUUACACCUGAACCAGUACCUGAACCAACAGUUGCACCUGAACCAGUACCUGAACCAGCAGCUGCACCUGAACCAGUACCUGAACCACCCACAACACCUGAACCAGCAGCUGCACCUGAACCAACAAUUACACCUGAACCAGUACCUGAACCAUCCACUGCACCUGAACCAACAGCUGCACCUGAACCAGUACCUGAACCACCCACAACAUCUGAACCAACAGUUACACCUGAACCAGUAUCUGAACCGUCCACUGCACCUGAACCAACAGCUGCACCCGAACCAGUACCUGAACCAACAGCUGCACCUGAACCAGUACCUGAACCAUCCACUGCACCAGAACCAGUACCUGAACCACCCACAACACCUGAACCAGCAGCUGCACCUGAACCAGUACCUGAACCAGCAGCUGCACCUGAACCAGUACCUGAACCACCCACAACACCUGAACCAGCAGCUGCACCUGAACCAACAGCUGCACCUGAACCAGGAUCUGAACCAUCCACUGCACCUGAGCCAACAGCUGCAUCUGAAUCAGUACCUGAACCAACAGCUGUACCUGAACCAGUACUUGAACCAACAGCUGCACCUGAACCGGUACCUAAACCAUCCACGGUACCUGAACCAGUACCUCAACCAUUCGCUGCACCUGAACCAACAGCUGCACCUGAACCAGUACCUGAACCAUCCACUGCACCUGAACCAACAGCUGCAUCUGAACCCAUGGCUGCACCUGAAUCAACAGCUGCAUCUGAACCAAUACCUGAACCAUCCCCUGCACCUGAGCCAACAGCUGCACCUGAGCCAACAGCUGCACCUGAACCAACAGCUGCAUCUGAACCCACGGCUGGACCUGAACCAAUACCUGAACCAUCCACUACACCCAAACAACCAGAUGCAACUGAAGGAACUGCUGCACCUGAACCACUAUCAUAAGUCUGGAUAA